AUGCGACCUCCACAGCUCAUCCUACUCCUUGUCUGUCUGGUGUUUAUCCCUCUCUUCUUUACCACCCUUGUCCGGCAGUCUGCAAGUCCAGAAAAUGCCGCCACAUCGGAAUAUCGACGAACCUACAGCAGCAAAGCCGGCCGCAUACGAGACCUCUUCUUCCAUGCACCCUCAUCACUAUUCCCGCCUUCCGCGCUUAUAAGUUUGACGGAUGAUAACUCGACUUUCUUCCUGGCUCGUCCUGCUGCGUUUGGGCCUCCCCUGCCAUCGUCCGGCCUCGAUGGGCAGUUGUGGAUCGGGAGCGGCUUUGGAGAUGAUGUUAGUAAAAAGGGAGGGAUAAUGACAAAAGCUGAAGGGGAACUGGGAUGCUCUGAUGUUCCCGGGUGGCAAGAAGGCGACAGGACUGCGCAGUCCGGGUCCGGAGGGCGUCUUGGUACGGAUAAAGCAACCUCACAGGUCAAACCAGGCAUCGGAGUCAGUGACGACCGAACCAUAAAUAUACAGAAAGGAGCCAGCACCGUUUUACCCGAAGACGACCGCAAGAAUAGUGGCUCGCCAACGAAAAAUGACGGAACCGAUGACCAUCUUCAUCACUCCUUGGGAGAUUCCCUAUCAGCCAGCCUUAAUGAUGCUAAGGCAAAAACCAAGCAACCAACCCAUGCCGACAUUCAGUCGUUACAGGAGACUGCAGAGAUUUCGGGGAAAGUUGUUCUACUAAGCCGUGGUGGUUGUGGCUUUUGGAGAAGACAAAAUGGGUCCAGCGGAGAGGAGGAAUAG